AUGUAUGAUGGAUUAGAUACAGUGCUCAGCAGACAGAACACAUCACUGGAAUACAGGAGCCCACCACCAGAAUUCAGGAGCCCACCACCAGAAUUCAGGAGCCCACCACCAGGAUACAGGAGCCCACCACCAGAAUACAGGAGCCCACCACCAGAAUACAGGAGCCCACCACCAGGAUACAGGAGCCCACCACCAGAAUACAGGAGCCCACCACCAGGAUACAGGAGCCCACCACCAGAAUACAGGAACACAUCACUGGAAUACAGGAGCCCACCACCAGAAUACAGGAGCCCACCACCAGAAUACAGGAGCCCACCACCAGAAUACAGGAGCCCACCGCCAGAAUACAGGAGCCCACCACCAGAAUACAGGAGCCCACCGCCAGAAUACAGGAGCCCACCACCAGAAUACAGGAGCCCACCACCAGAAUACAGGAGCCCACCGCCAGAAUUCAGGAGCCCACCGCCAGAAUACAGGAGCCCACCGCCAGAAUACAGGAGCCCACCACCAGAAUACAGGAGCCCACCACCAGAAUACAGGAGCCCACCGCCAGAAUACAGGAGCCCACCGCCAGAAUUCAGGAGCCCACCGCCAGAAUACAGGAGCCCACCACCAGAAUACAGGAGCCCACCACCAGAAUACAGGAGCCCACCACCAGAAUACAGGAGCCCACCACCAGAAUACAGGAGCCCAUUACCGGGAUACAGGAGCCCACCACCAGAAUUCAGGAGCCCACCACCAGAAUACAGGAGCCCAUUACCGGGAUACAGGAGCCCACCACCAGAAUACAGGAGCCCACCGCCAGAAUUCAGGAGCCCACCACCAGAAUACAGGAGCCCACCACCAGAAUACAGGAGCCCACCACCAGAAUACAGGAGCCCACCACCAGAAUACAGGAGCCCACCACCAGAAUACAGGAGCCCACCACCAGAAUACAGGAGCCCAUUACCGGGAUACAGGAGCCCACCACCAGAAUUCAGGAGCCCACCACCAGAAUACAGGAGCCCAUUACCGGGAUACAGGAGCCCACCACCAGAAUUCAGGAGCCCACCACCAGAAUACAGGAGCCCAUUACCGGGAUACAGGAGCCCACCACCAGAAUACAGGAACACAUCACUGGAAUACAGGAGCCCACCACCAGAAUACAGGAACACAUCACUGGAAUACAGGAGCCCACCACCAGAAUACAGGAGCCCACCACCAGAAUACAGGAGCCCACCACCAGAAUACAGGAGCCCACCACCAGAAUACAGGAGCCCACCACCAGAAUACAGGAGCCCACCGCCAGAAUACAGGAGCCCACCACCAGAAUACAGGAGCCCACCACCAGAAUACAGGAGCCCACCGCCAGAAUACAGGAGCCCACCACCAGAAUACAGGAGCCCACCCCCACCACCAGAAUACAGGAGCCCACCACCAGAAUACAGGAGCCCACCACCAGAAUACAGGAGCCCACCACCAGAAUACAGGAACACAUCACAGGAAUACAGGAGCCCACCACCAGAAUUCAGGAGCCCACCACCAGAAUACAGGAGCCCACCACCAGAAUACAGGAGCCCACCACCAGAAUACAGGAGCCCACCACCAGAAUACAGGAGCCCACCACCAGAAUACAGGAACACAUCACUGGAAUACAGGAGCCCACCACCAGAAUACAGGAGCCCACCACCAGAAUACAGGAGCCCACCACCAGAAUACAGGAGCCCACCACCAGAAUACAGGAGCCCACCACCAGAAUACAGGAGCCCACCACCAGAAUACAGGAGCCCACCACCAGAAUACAGGAACACAUCACUGGAAUACAGGAGCCCACCACCAGAAUACAGGAGCCCACCACCAGAAUACAGGAGUCCAUCACCAGAAUACAGGAGCCCACCACCAGAAUACAGGAGUCCAUCACUUGGAUACAGGAACAAAUCACUGGAAUACAGGAGCCCACCACCAGGAUACAGGAGCCCACCACCAGAAUACAGGAGCCCACCACCAGAAUACAGGAGCCCACCACCAGAAUACAGGAGCCCACCACCAGAAUACAGGAGCCCACCACCAGAAUACAGGAGCACAUCACUGGGAUACAGGAGCCCACCAAUUCAGGAGCCCAUUACUGGAAUACAGAAACCCAUCACUGUAGUACAGGAGCCCAUCACUGGAGUACAGGAGCCCAUCACUGGAGUACAGGAGCCCAUCACUGGAGUACAGGAGCCCAUCACUGGAGUACAGGAGCCCAUCACUGGAGUACAGGAACCCAGCACCCUAAUACAAGAGCCCAUCACUGGGAUACAGGAGCCCAUCACUGGGAUACAGGAGCCCAUCACUGGAGUACAGGAAAACAUCACUGGGAUACAGGAACCCAUCACUGGGAUACAGGAGCCCAUCACUGGGAUACAGGAGCCCAUCACUGGGAUACAGGAACCCAUCACUGGGAUACAGGAACCCAUCACUGGGAUACAGGAAACCAUCACUGGAGUACAGGAGCCCAUCACUGGAGUACAGGAGCCCAUCACUGGAGUACAGGAACCCAGCACCCUAAUACAAGAGUCCAUCACUGGGAUACAGGAGCCCAUCACUGGGAUACAGGAGCCCAUCACUGAAGUACAGGAAACCAUCACUGGAGUACAGGAGCCCGUCACUGGGAUACAGGAAUCCAUCACUGGAGAGCCCAUCACUGGAGUACAGGAACCCAUCACUGGAGUACAGGAACCCAGCACCCUAAUACAAGAGCCCAUCACUGGGAUACAGAAGCCCAUCACUGGGAUACAGGAGCCCAUCACUGGAGUACAGGAAACCAUCACUGGGAUACAGGAACCCAUCACUGGGAUACAGGAGCCCAUCACUGGAGUACAGGAAACCAUCACUGGAGUACAGGAGCCCAUCACUGGAGUACAGGAACCCAUCACUGGGAUACAGGAACCCAUCACUGGGAUACAGGAACCCAUCACUGGAGUACAGGAACCCAGCACCCUAAUACAAGAGCCCAUCACUGGGAUACAGAAGCCCAUCACUGGGAUACAGGAGCCCAUCACAGGAGUACAGGAAACCAUCACUGGGAUACAGGAACCCAUCACUGGGAUACAGGAGCCCAUCACUGGAGUACAGGAGCCCACCACCAGGAUACAGGAGCCCAUCACUGGAGUACAGGAAACCAUCACUGGAGUACAGGAGCCCAUCAAUGGAGUACAGGAACCCAUCACUGGAGUACAGGAACCCAGCACCCUAAUACAAGAGCCCAUCACUGGGAUACAGGAGCCCAUCACUGGAGUACAGGAAACCAUCACUGGAGUACAGGAGCCCAUCACUGGAGUACAGGAGCCCAUCACUGGAGUACAGGAGCCCAUCACUGGAGUACAGGAACCCAGCACCCUAAUACAAGAGCCCAUCACUGGGAUACAGGAGCCCAUCACUGGGAUACAGGAGCCCAUCACUGGAGUACAGGAAACCAUCACUGGAGUACAGGAGCCCAUCACUGGAGUACAGGAAACCAUCACUGGAGUACAGGAAACCAUCACUGGGAUACAGGAACCCAUCACUGGGAUACAGGAAUCCAUCACUGGGAUACCAUCACUGGAGUACAGGAGCCCAUCACUGGAGUACAGGAACCCAGCACCCUAA